UGCGUGGCUUUAAGUGGCAAUUGACAAAACAAGACGCAACCACUGUUGGUAGAAGCCUUAAAGACUAUUCUUCAGAUUGAAGUUGCAUGCAGUUUCAGUAGCCACUGAAUCAUCAUGUUUACAACUACUAAAUCAUCCACUUUGUCACCUUUGUUUUCUCUCCGCAGAACCUCUGUCUCUUCCAAACCCAAAUUCUGGAAUUUCGUUCCCAUGACGGUGCCAUGUUCCCCGGGGCACUUGACCUCACGCUUAACCAAUCCACGCAGAAACCUUUCUGUGUCUUGUAGCUCCCAAUCAGAACAUGGAUCCCAGAGAUCAUCAAUUCAGGGGGGUGAAGCUUUUUUCAGGGGCGUGCUGAAAAGUAUGCAAUCCGUGUACUUGAAUAGAAAUCCUACAGCAAAGGCCAUAUUGGACCUUGUUCAUUCUGUUGAGAAUAACUCAUUAUGCUAUGAUCAUCUUGCAUUCAGGACAUUUGGGGUGAAUUGUUAUGGGAUUGACUCCAUGGCUAGGUUUUUUCUGGAUUAUGGCUAUACACAACGGGAGGAGUUGAGGUUUCCUGGCAAAAAGUUGAGGGCAUUGUGGUUUUCUCCUCCUGCUGAUUCACUUGGUGGCAGUGGCAUUAAUGGGCCUUUGCCAAGAAUAUUUAUAUCAGAGCUACUGGUAGAUCAGAUGAGUCCGCAAACUCAGGAAAUAAUUAGAAAAUACACUGAGUCAUCUAGUAACGGAAGCAAAUACGCUGCUCUUGCAAGUUCUCUGGGACUUUUAACAUGGGAAAAGCCCUUAUAUUCUGAGUUUCAACAAUUGGCAAGUGAAAGUGAGUAUGCUGCCUGGACCCUAGUCAAUGGGCAUGCACUGAACCAUGUUACUAUUUCCACUCAUCGGCUGAAAACUCAUUUGAGGGAUAUAAAAAAACUAAAUCAGUUUAUUGAGGACAAUGGAUUCAGAUUGAAUUCUGAAGGAGGAGUACUGAAAGUGAGCCCUGAUGGUCUUCUCCUGCAAAGCUCAACUGUAGCAGAUGCAAUUUCUUUCCAAUUUUCUGAUGGUACAACUGAAUCAGUUCCAUGCUCAUAUAUUGAAUUUGCUGAGCGUCUAGUGCUUCCCCAGUAUAAAAAUUUACCUCACACAGAGGUUAAAGAGUUCCAUAGAAGGGAUGGUUUUGAGGUAGCAAGUGCUGACAAGAUCUUUGAAAGCACAUCCAAGGAGCAGCUGAGCAGAGCAGGCUCAUAAGAGGCUCAUCUUAGUCUCUACCAUGAAUUCCCCAUGGGGAAACACAUAACAUUUUAUACCAUGUUAUAUUCUGGAAGUUUGGAUUUCAUGCACUUCCAAUCAUGUAGAUACUGCAUUAUUAAAUUGGAUUGAGUAAUUUAGAAAAUGUUAUAUAAAUAAAUAUAAAUAAAGAUCAGAUAUCCUUUU